AUGGCUGUAACAGACCACCAAGUCUUCAUCAGUUUCAGAGGAGCAGACGUGCGAAGAAACUUUCUAAGAUUCCUUGAAGAAGGGCUAAAAUGGGGUUGCGUAGACUACUAUGUUGACACUCAAGAGAUGAAAGGUGAGGUUCUUGACAUUCUUCUUCAAAGGAUCCAAGAAUCGCGGGUCAUACUGAUCAUCUUGUCCCAAAACUACAUGGAGUCAAGAUGGUGCAUCAAGGAGCUGCUCGAGACGACUAAGGAUAUUAAAGGGUCAAGACGUAAGGUCAUCCCGCUCUUCUAUAAUGUCAGAGUCGAAGAUGUGAAGGACAACUGGAAAGUCGGCGAACAAGCAAGAAGAGAAGAAGGAGAAGAGAUAGGAGAAGAGAAGGAGAAAAAAGUGAAGGAAGCUUUGAGGACUCUUACGAGGCAUGUGGGCAUCAGAUCUUCUGAGUAUCGGUUCACACCUCUUCCGAUUCCAUGCGUCGACGGACUGAGAAAGCCGGUGGCUUGUUGUAUGUUUGGCAUCCCUCUCAACACCGGUCGGAAAAGGAAAGUGAAUGAUGGAAUUGUGACAUCAACUAGAGCAACGGCUGAGGAUGUGAUGGCGGGUGUUGGGACUAGAUCAAAUAAUGACUUUGAGUUCAUAGAAGAUAUUGUCAAGGAAGUAAAGAAAGUGUUGACCAGUAUCAAACUGGAGGAAAAAAUGAAUGCGGCUUCUGUCACGACUUCGGACAGAGCAGAAGGGAAGAAGCACGACAUGUCUUUGAUGACAGAAGGAGAAAAGCCUGAAACAACACAGAAGGUUAACCUUUUUGGGAUCACGCAACGUCUUCAGAAACUACAGGAGAAGUUAGGGAUGGAGUACGAAAACUACAAGGAAAUUCGUGUCAUUGGAGUUCUUGGGAUGGCUGGUAUUGGCAAAACCACACUUACCAAGAAGUUGUUUGAGGAGGGAAAAAGCAAGUUUCAUCGGAGAAUAUUUUUCGAAGAUCUCCAUAAGAUCUCAAAGGAAAACUGGUCUACUGAGUUGCGGGUUAGACUCCUAGAAAAGUUUUUGAAGAAGAAGAAUCUGACGAUAUCGAAAGAGACUACACAUGAGUCCUUGGAGAAAGAGCUACUUGAAAGCAAAGUUUUUCUUGUCCUAGAUGACUUGAGCGACAAGGAACAACUAGAAUAUCUUCUUGGGAACCGAAAAUGGAUCAAGCAAGGGAGCAAGAUUGUUAUUGUGACAAGUGAUAAGUCAUUGGUCGAGGGUCUGGUCGAUGAUACUUAUGUAGUCCCGGGGUUGAACGAGAGGGAAGGGCUAGCGUGUUUCUGUCAUCAUGCUUUGGGUGACAACAAAGUAAACUCUGUCCAUGAAGGAAACUUGAUGAAGCUAUCAAGAGAGUUUGUGGAUUACGCUAGAGGAAACCCAUUAGCUCUCAAGGUACUUGGAGUGGAGCUUCAUGAUAGAGACGAGGCUCAUUGGGAAGCGAAACUGCAGAGCCACAAGUUUGUGACAGCUUUGGUGGAUUCCGAGUCUGGAAAAGGUAGGAGCCAGAUCAAAGACCUAGCGGACAAGUUCCUGAUCGAUAUCUCUGCUGGCAGAGUGGAAAUGCAUGGUUUGUUGUAUAGACUGGGGAUGAAACUGGCUUCCCAACCUCAACAGAGGCUGUGUAACCAUCAAGACAUUAUCAGAGUCUUAAAGAAGAAGCCGGGAAAGAUCAUCAUUAGUGGUAUCAGAGGUAUGUUCUUGGACAUGUCUGAAGUAGUGAACAAAACACCAUUAGGCAAAGAGGCUUUUGACGGGAUGAACAAUCUCCAGUACCUUAAAUUCUACAAUUCUUGUUUUCCUCGAGACUCUGAAGCCGACUGCAAAUUAAACUUCCCGGACGGACUUAAGUUACCGUUGCAAGAGAUCCGGUACUUUCACUGGCUAAGAUUCCCAGAAGAAGAACUUCCACAACACUUCAACCCAAAGAAUCUUGUUGACCUCAAGCUGCCUUACAGCAAGAUCAAACGGCUUUGGGACGGUGUUAAGGACACAUCAAACUUAAAGUGGGUCGAUCUCAAUCACUCAGUCGACCUUCACGACUUGUCAGGCUUAUCUAAAGCUCGGAAUCUUCAGAGAUUGAACCUUGAAGGCUGCACAUCAUUGAAAGAAUUACAUGACGGGAUGCAAAACUUGACAAGCCUAGUUGUCCUGAACUUGAGAGGCUGCACAAGUCUCACAUCUUUCGUAGAGAUGAACAUGAAGUCUCUUAAAACCCUAAUCCUCAGCGACUGCUCAAAUCUUGAGGACUUUCAGGUAAUCUCAGAGCAUCUAGAAGCAUUGUACUUAGAUGGCACAGCGUUAAAGAGACUUCCUCAAUCUAUUAUCAAGCUCCAGAAACUAGUCUUACUAAACAUGAAGGACUGCAAAAUGCUAGCAACCGUUCCUGAUUGUCUUGGAAAUAUGAAAGCUCUUCAAGAAGUAAUUCUCUCAGGCUGUUCAAGGCUUGAGAGUUUUCCUGAUCUGCAAGAAAACAUGAGAAGGCUGCGGAUUUUUCUGCUCGAUGGGACAUCUAUAAAGGAGGUGCCAAAACUACUGCAGGACCCUGGUCUCUCAGAAUGGCCACACCAUGGAGUGAAAGGCCUUCCCUUGCUGAGACACCUCUGCUUAAGAGGCAACGAUAUGAUCAAAACCCUGCAGCCUCAUAUUGGUCAACUUUACCAUCUAAAGUACAUCGACUUGAAGCAUUGCAAGAAUCUCAUGUCUGUUCCUACACUCCCACCAAACCUUCAACACUUAAACGCGCAUGGAUGCGAGUCACUGACAACAUUGGGAGACCCACUUGCCUUUCUCGUUCUCACAGAUCAAAACCACUCCACGUUCGUUUUCUCAAACUGCAACAAACUGGACGAAGUUGCAAAGACUAGUAUCAUUUCCUACAUUCAGAAGAAAAGCCAUUUGAUGUCAGAUGCAAUUGAUCGCUACAAUUUGGGUUCUGUUGUUGAAUCUUUUGCUGGAGCUUGCUUCCCUGGAUGUGAAGUACCUGCAUGGUUAAGUCACCAAGCCUAUGGAUCAGUGAUAGUCCUACCAGAACUCUCAAGACACUGGAGUAACAACGGGACCACUGGUGUAGCUCUGUGUGCAGUUGUCUCGUUUACAGAUCAAACCCACCGUUUCUUGGUGAAAUGCACCUGCGAGUUCAAGAACGCAGACGGGUCUUUGAGGCGGUUUAUUUGCACGGUAGGAGGAACUGAGCCACAGAAGAUCGAAUCGGACCAUGUGUUUAUUGGAUACACGAGCUGGCUGCAGAUCAAGAAACAAAAACAGCAAGAAGAUGACAAGAAGGGGUACAGUUACAGUGAUGAUCAUUAUCAGGCUUCGCUUAGGUUCGAGGUAACAGAUGGUACAGGUGAGGUGGUGGAGAAAUGUCAGGUGGUUAAGUGUGGUUUCAGUUUGGUUUACGAAUCUGAUGAAAACGAAAGUGUUUCUUGGGAGGUAAACUCUAAUCCCACUAUCCAUAGUGAAUCGAUGUUACCUGCGGAUUCAGGAAAAAUUGAAGUAAUUGUUGGAGCUGAGUCUCAAACGAUGGAAGAGAUCACUCAACAUUGUGAAACAACCAACAUCCAUGGUCUAUCGAUUUCACCUGCAGAUUCAGAGAUGGAAGAGAUCAAUCAACAAGGCAAUAACAUAAUCAAUGGCGUAAUGAUGAUACCUUCAGAUUCAGAAGAGAGUGAAGUGGAUUUUAGCGAUGGAUUGCAGAGGAUAGAAGUUACCAAUCGAAAUGGUGAAACAAGCUCUUGCGUAUCUACAGAAGAUCACGGUUAUGGCGCUGAUGUGCAGAGCUCAGGAAACGAUAGUUUGUUUAGCUUCACAGACAACGCAAGUGUGCAGAUGAUGAAACCCAUAGGGAUUAUUUGCCUUAUGAUCUCCAUUUCUGCUGGAGCUGCUUUCAUGCUGGGAAAGAGAAAGAGAAAGAUGUGA